CAGGAAAUGACCAGAGACUGCGGACACAGUACAGAUGACCAGAGACUGCAGACAUAGUACAGGAGAUGACCAGAGACUGCGGACAUAUAAUAGGGGAUGACCAGAGACUGCAGACAUAGUAUAGGAGAUGACCAGAGACUGUGGACAUAGUACAGGAGAUGACCAGAGACUGUGGACACAGUACAGGAGAUGACCAGAGACUGCAGACACAGUACAGAUGACCAGAGACUGCAGACAUAGUACAGGAGAUGACCAGAGACUGCAGACAUAUAAUAGGGGAUGACCAGAGACUGCGGACACAGUACAGGGGAUGACCAAGAGACUGCAGACAGUACAGGGGGUGAUCAAGAGACUGCAGACAGUACAGGGGGUGAUCAAGAGACUGCAGACAGUACAGGGGAUGCUCAAGAGACUGCAGACAGUACAGGAUAGUACAGGGGAUGAUCAAGAGACUGCAGAUAGUACAGGGGAUGAUCAAGAGACUGCAGAUAGUACAGGGGAUGAUCAAGAGACUGCAGACAGUACAGGGGAUGAUCAAGAGACUGCAGACAGUACAUGGGAUGAUCAAGAGACUGCAGACAGUACAUGGGAUGACCAAGAGACUGCAGAC